CAGCCCUACAUUGGUCGUGUUUCCUUGUCAAUUACACGCACACUCACACACACGCACUCACACACUCGCUCCGCCUUCCCCAGAGAUGAAUAAAUAAAUACAGUAAAGUAUAAUCCUCUAUAGAUCCGACGUGAGAUUGUGUGUGUGUGUGUGUGUGUGUGUGUUAUUUGGAGGGUGGGAGGGGGAAACCUAUCUGAUUCGAGAGCCCAGGCAGAGGAUCUCAGGGCAAACCCCCCCUCUCCCCCCAAAAAAAGUGUCACCAACAAAUCAGAACAGCAAAACCAGACAGUAACACUCACCCCCAACCCCCCCCAAAAAAGUGUGUCCCCCCCUCUACAUCUCUCUCUCUCUCUCUGCCUCUGGUUUUACUGUUAGGAAUCAACACAGAUCUGCGGAACACACACAGCAAAAGGGAACCAGUUGGGAGAGAUGGGUGACAAGAGUGUGUCGGGGAUGAGACGUCUCAAGCAGUGGCUGAUCGACCAAAUAGACAGUGGGCAUUACCCUGGUUUGGUUUGGGAUGACGAGGAGAAGAACACCUUCCGUAUUCCCUGGAAACACGCCGGAAAACAGGACUAUAUCCAAGAGGUGGACGCGUCGAUCUUUAAAGCAUGGGCUAUCUUUAAAGGAAAGUUUAAGGAAGGAGACAGGGCAGAGCCUGCAACAUGGAAGACAAGACUUCGCUGUGCACUUAACAAGAGCCCAGAUUUUGAGGAAGCUCUCGAUCGCUCGCAGCUCGAUAUAUCAGAGCCCUAUAAAGUUUACAGAAUCAUUCCCGAAGGACAGCAAAAAGGUAAAUCUUGCAGCCAGUCUGAGAUGGUGGAUAUAAGCUCCUACCCAUCGCAUCAGGAUGAGAUGAUGAAGGAGCAGAGCUUUGUAGAUUACAGCGGAAUCAUCAAGAGAAGUCAUUCGCCACCACAGGAGAACUGCACAACUCACCAACAGCAAGACUGGUGGAGACUCAGUGGUUACGAGGAGACACCCAUGAUAAUGAGUUAUCGCCACGGGUGCGAACCCACGCACUUCAGCCUAGGUGCCGAAUUUUGCCACAUGCUGAUCACGUUUUAUUAUGGAGGGGUGGCCAUGUCCCAGGCCUCCAUCAGGCAGUCGGAAGGCUGUCGGAUCACAGUUCGCCCCAUUCCCAUUAACGGCGAGAUUCCCUACGGCCCUGAGACCAUGGAGCCCAUCCUGUUCCCAACGACUCAGAAGAUCCUCAACCUCCGGCAGCAGAUUGUCACCAACAAACUCUUGACCCACUUGGACAGGGGAGUCCUGCUCCUCAGCAAUGAUGAGGGCAUCUACAUCAAACGGCUUUGCCAAGGCAGGGUCUUCUGGAGUGGGCCCUGCGCACCCUUCACCGACAGGCCAAACAAGCUGGACCGAGAUGCCGUCGUCAAGCUAUUUGACACCAAGCUCUUCCUACAAGCUUGUCAUCUCUACAGCGAAAACCAGAUCUUGCUCCCACAUCACAAAGUUAUUAUCUGCUUCGGGGAGGAAUAUCCGGACUCCAAACCCAUCAGCAAAAAACUAAUCACAGUGGAGAUCGAGCAGGUCAAAGCCAGACAGAUUUUGGACUUCUUACAUCGCAGAAGGAACUUUGAAAACCCCAAUCUACAGAUUUCCAGCGAGACGUCAGAGGACAAACUCUCCGGAAUUAUGCACGAACUCUGUAUGACCACCUACGGUAACGCACAGCGAGUGAGUAUGGGAUAAGACCCACAAAAGGAGCUGCACAAGUUGCUGAUUCUGUGCUUCGAGGACUCUGGUGUGAGUGAUUGCUUUUCAAUGAAUGCUAAAAGUGAUGCUAAGGGUCUUGAGGCCCGGAAUUCUGCCUAGUCUUAGCGCAUAGGACCAUUUUGUCUUGAAAAUUAAGGUGGUCCGUUUUGCCCACAAAAUAUAC